GGCAGUGGUUCCCAUGGCAACAGCGGGCUACCAUAACGCCUGUUCAUUAAAAACCGACAGGUAAAGCGUUAGCCUAGUGAGGAGUGAAAUAUUCUAAAAGAAAUGGUUAUGAGCUAAAGUUUGACGUUCGGAAAGAAUUCGACCUUCCCCUACACACCCGUAGAAGAAGAAAAAAUGGAGUGUGAGAUGACGGAGCCGGCUCGCUCGACGUCGACUCGCCACGAGAAAAGUUUGGGUCUCCUCACCAUGAAGUUUGUCGGUCUUCUCCAGGAGGCCAACGAUGGCGUCCUCGACUUGAAAGUGGCCGCAGACAGCUUGGCAGUGAAGCAGAAAAGACGAAUAUACGACAUCACCAAUGUGCUGGAAGGGAUUGGCUUGAUUGAGAAGAAAAACAAAAAUAUUAUCCAGUGGAGGGGUGAGAACAGGAGAAGUCAGACCCAGGAAGUUCUUGACCAGGUGAGAGUUCUGCAAGCCCAAAUUUCUGAGCUGGAGGCCCAAGAGAAAGAGUUGGACAGGCAGAAGACAUGGCUGCAGGAGAGCAACGAAUGCUUGAACCGUGAUCCUGCCACAAGCAAUUAUAAAUUUGUGACUCAUGAAGACAUCUGCAAUGCCUUCAGCGGCGACACUCUCCUCGCUGUUGUGGCGCCGUCUGGUACGCAGCUGGAGGUGCUGCUACCAGAGAAGGGCCAGACCGGUCACAAGAAGUACCAGGUGAACCUGCGCAGCAAUGUGGCUCCCAUCAAGGUCACGCUCAUCAACCGGGACUCUGACUGCAGUGCGCCCGUGGUCUUCCCUGUGCCCCCCACCGACAUGACCUGCCCUCUGCUCACACCGCCUCUCGCGCUGUCGCCUGGCUCGCACUGGCUGCCCUUCCCCACGCCCGCCUACUCGUCAGGUUCCAGCACCACUGCUUCGUCGUUCUGCAGCCAGGAUUCGCUCAGCCCGGAUCAGCAGAUGGUGCUGCCGGAACACGAUGGAGUGCUGAGGCCAGAGUCCACACUUGCACGUGUGGGACUUCCCGAUCAGCCGGUGACUGUGUUGGAGCUGGAGCAGAUGGACCUGGCCGGCCCACAGUUCCAGUCUGUGCUGGACAUGAGCAGCCUGCUGAGGCACAACAGCAUCGGGGAGCACAUGAAGGAGGAGAAAGACGAAGCUGUUGACUUUAUCGAGGAGCUGAUGUCUACUGAUGGCAUGGACUACAGCUUCAUCCUGGACGACAGCAGCGGCGUGUGUGACCUGUUUGACGUGGAGGUCCUCAACUACUAACAGGCUGAAAGUCAGGGAGUACUCCUCCGUUCCCUCGUCCUUGCCCUUGACUCGUUUUGGACUUUGAGGAAGUUAUUCAUGACGUUUCUGCAACUCCAUUCACACGUUGAAAGUUUACAGGGUAAAAAGGGCUACAACGUUCGGAAGUGCAACAGUAUUUAAAUUAUUUUUAGCGAUGCGGGAAAUGUCGCUAGUUCACAUCGUUUGUGUUUGGCUCUUUAUUAUGUUGCGUUUAAAGUGCCAUGAAUCCCAAAAAUAUUGUUACACUGCCGUUUUAGGGCUUGGUGUUUUUGUUUGAUGUUGUCUUAAGUUUUAUAUUUGAAUAAUAAUUUUAACUACCGGUAAUUUAAAAUGCAAUCUUUGUUUGUUUCUUUGAUUGUUGCUGAAUCUGCCUUAUUUGUCAUUUAAUUGCCAAUAGUUUUGAUCUCAAGGGUCAGUUGAGUUGUUGAUUGCAAGAAUUCUUUGUUUUUUUGCACAUUUUUUGUAAAUGUUUUCAAUAAAUGGUUGAAAUCUCA